AUGAAAACAAUUGAGAAGGCAAAUUCGACGGAGGACGGCGGAGUAACUCAAUAUCCACCUGAGAAGUCUGGUCUUUCCCAAAUGGGUCAGAAUAUUAGCGGUACCCCGUUAGAUUCUGUUACUUCUACAUCCGUUCCGAGCCCUGCUUUGGAUGCCACAAACCAAGGCAUACCCCUAAAUUUACCGAACAAUGGUGACGCCCCAUGGGUUCAGGAUUCAAGUCCUGCUCCAUCGAAAGAUGAUGCUGCCCAGCUGACCCCAACUAACAUCGAUGCUUCGUGGAUUCAGAAUUUUACACUAGCCCCAUCGAGUACGGAUAAUACUCAGCUGGCGGCUGAAAAACUUGACAUCAUCGGAGAAACGGUGCAAGACGAUCCGACUCAGCUGAUCGAUAACAAUGUGAUUCAGAACAGCUUACGUCGACUUAAAUCUUGGAGGCGUCGACCGUGUCUUAACAGCAACUGGUGUCUAAAAUAA